AUGAAAUUCGCUUCCCAUAUCCUUGCCGGUUUCUCGUUGCUGGCGAGCACAGCCAGCAGCGCUAGCACGCCUUACAAACCCAAGUAUCGCAUCUCCCCAAUCGAUGGAUCGAAGAUUGCGUUGCCGACAAAGGAGCAACUAGCUUUCCAAGACAAGGAAAUUGGUGUUCUCAUCCACUUCGAAAUCGCCACUUAUCUCAGCAUUGACGGCUGCAACAAUGUCCCUAACCUUGUACCUAAGGUGUCAUUGUUCGACCCGACCCUGCUUAAUACGGACCAAUGGAUGGACACUAUCUCCGCCCUGGGGGCCAAAUAUGCCACGCUGGUUGCCAAACACAAUUGCGGAUUUACCACCUGGCCCAGUGAUGUCACUUUCACGGAUCGAGAGAACAAAACUGUUCCCUAUAACUACACCAUCGCUCAAUCGCCUGUGCACGGCGAAAACGUCGUCCGAAGCUUUGUAGAUUCAGCUGAGAAGUAUAACGUCGGGCAUGGGUUCUACUACAGCGUUGUUGUCAACAACUACCUGAAUGUGCAAAAUUCCGAAGUUCGUCCUAAUACCUGGGCUCAAGGGCAGGUGAACAUCACCAACGGCACAUACGACCAAAUUGUGUUUGAUCAAUUGACCGAGCUCUGGACCAACUAUGGAAAAUUGACGGAGAUUUGGUUCGAUGGUGGUUACAGCGCAACCCAGCAGAACAAGAUUCAGAGUCUCCUAGAGGAGAAACAGCCCCAAGCUGUCAUUUUCAAUGGAUGCGAGACUAACGGAACUUGCAUAUCGCCCAAUUCAAUUCGCUGGAUUGGAACAGAGGCAGGCCAGGCGCCAGAAGAAAACUGGUCAACUGGUGUGACAAAUGACGGGGGCGAUCCUACAAGCCCGUACUUCUGCCCAGCAGAAUGCGACACGACACUACAAACAAACGACCGCUGGUUCUUUGGAGUCGACCAGCCCCUGCGUUCCAUUGAAGAAAUGAUUGAUGUCUAUCACAAGACUGUUGGACGCAACUGCCUUCUGGAAUUGGAUCUAACACCAGACCGCAGCGGAUUGAUCCCCGCAAACUAUGCAGCGCGCUACAAGCAGCUUGGUGAUUUUAUCAGCUCGUGUUAUGACAAGCCCGUUGCUCCAACAGCCAAGCAUACCUCAAACAACAAGGGAGACUACUCCAUCAAAUUUGGGUACCCCACUUCAAUCGAUCGCAUUGUUAUGAUGGAAGAUCAGACUGACGGCCAGGUGAUCCGGUCGUACCAGGUUCAUGCCAAGAUUGUUGAUGCCCUUGAUGCGAACGGCACUUUGGCCGUGCCAUUCACUCUUGUUUCUAAUGGCACCAGUAUCGGUCACAAGAAGAUUGAUCUCUUUGAUAAAGCCUAUACUGUGACUGAGGUCAUGAUCAAGACCACCUAUGUAGAUACGCCAAAAUGGCGAUCUGUCUCAGUUCAUCUUUGUGACCGUCUGGCGGCUAAUGGAACUAACACUGAAGCGGAUUAG